ACAGCAGUCCAGUUCGAUAGACAUCUAGAAAGCUUAUGUGAGGUGUGUAACUCUCUACCUAGUAACUAACCAACUACAUGUAUAUCCCAGCCGUGACGGUCAGCACUAGCCCUGCUCCAGCACUGCCCCCAUCAUCACCUCAUCUCCAACGAGAGUCACCCCAGGGCAUUCAUUUAAAACCCAGGAUUCCCCUCCACCCUAACUUCAACAUCGAAAGCACAAGCUUGAUUACCUUCUACGUUCUAACUGAAAUCCAACAAUGGGCCAACAAGCGUCCGUCCCGCGCCCCGGCACGGACCUGCAGGUGAUCGGGGCGGGGCUCUCCCGCACCGGAACCGCAUCCUUCACUGCAGCCCUAGAGAUCCUCCUGGACGCCCCCGUCUACCACGGGGGCACGCAAACCACCAUGGGACCCCCCCUUGAGAUUCAAUCGUGGAACGCCAUCUUGCGCACCUGGCUCGCGGGCGAUAGACCCCAAACCCUGCAGCGGCUGCGUGCCCGCACCGCCGGCUACGGCGCGAUCACCGACGCCCCGGCCAGCCAACUGGUCCCCGAACUGCUCGAGCUCUAUCCCCAUGCCAAAGUGAUCGUGACCGUGCGCGAUCGCGACAGCUGGGUGCAGAGCAUGCAGCAGAUCAGCUCCCUGGCCAAGCUGUGGUUUCUAGGGGCGGUUCUGCUCCCCUUACCGGGGAUGCGGUACUUCGUGACAUAUAUCGACCUGCUGCAGCGCCAGUGGGAUCGGAUCUACGACAAUAGCCGCGACAACGCCUGGAUCUACGACCGGCAUCUGGAGUGGCUGAAGGAGGUGGUGCCCGCGGAUCAGUUGGUGUUGUUCAGUGUCAAGGAGGGGUGGGAGCCACUGUGUCGGGCUCUGGGCAAGGAGGUUCCCAAGGGUAUUCCUUUCCCGAGAAUCAAUGAUUCCAAAGCGAUCGAUCGCGUGGCGGCUUAUCAUAUUAAGCGGGGGUUGGCGCGAUGGGCUGUGGUCUUCGCUGUGAUGGGGUUGGUGGGGGCGUGGUGGGUUUCUGGGAGGUGAUGGGGUUGGAAGACUUGGAGUGAUGAUGGGAGCAAGGCUGGUUCAAGGGUGAAGUGAUGACCAGAGGGCGAGAGUGGGCAGAGUGGCAAGGCGUUGGGAAUGUAAAGUAUGUGUAUCUUGUAUGAAGCAUUUUGUUGCGGUAAUUGAGAUAGUCCUAGUGCUUCAUCUCGAAGGAUUGCUAGUAGGAUUGUCAACUUAG